CUCCAAUAAUAAUACAUUCAUGACGGACUCUGCCACUCAGCUUGCAUAGAGCUUCAGACUUUGGCCCAUGAUCGCUACUGAUGGUGAAUCCACAUUGCCAUCAUUUCCCAGUUCUUAUUGAAUAUUCAGAUAUAAAAAGGAAGAGAGAGAAAUGCAAUCCCAAAAUGACACCUUUUUUCACUAAUCUUUCCUUUUUCUCUUUUCUUCACUGUUCUUUGCUUCUGUGUCUUCAACUUCAACGUCUCUCUCCCUCUCUCUCUAACCCAUCUCAGAUCAAAAGUCACCAAACCCACUCAUUUCCUUUGAAUAUCUCCCGGGUCCCUUCCUUUUUCCUUCUUUAAUAAUUUCCUGCAAACCCUUCAACUCUUAUCAGAUUCAAACCUCAUCUCAAUCACAAAGCUUCCUACUUUCCAUCAUUCCAGUGGAAGCUAAACAAACCCACCUUUUCAUAUCUUCUUACAAUGAUCUCAAAGACUCUAACUUUUGUUUUAGUCGUCUUCUUCUCCUGCUUAUGUACUACUUGUCUUGCCGGUUUUCUAAGCCAACCUGUUUCUAACCAGCCAUUGAAACCGGGUGACUACUCCACCCCUAAUACUGUCCCCGCAUUUCCCGUUCAAACCGAGUCGCAGACCUGCCGGCUGGACCUCUCAGCGGAGCUGUUUGGAGGUGUCAACGAUGCAUGCGGCCGAGAACUGGACCGGAGUCGGUGCUGCCCUGUGUUAGCCGCGUGGCUCUUUGCUGCUCAUGCUCGGUAUGCUCUCCAGGUUCCGGCCUCUGCCCCGGCAUCGACGGAACCUGACCAACCAAUGAGACCGGAUGACUCGCAAAAAUGCGUGAAUUCGCUGCAAAGCGCGCUGUUGAGCAAGAACGUGAAGAUACCGCAACCGAAUGCGAGCUGCGAUGCCAUAUUGUGCUUUUGUGGAAUUAGACUUCACCAGAUCAGCUCUCUGAGUUGUCCUGCGGCUUUCAAUGUCAGCUCUGCCUCUGGCUUCCAUAAUGCCACCCCAACUGCUGCUGUGAGGAAUUUGGAGAAGAAUUGUAAGAAUUCCUCGUACGCUGGGUGCACUAAGUGCCUUGGCGCCCUCCAAAAGCUGAAGGCCAGCAACAAGAACCAAACAGAGGAGGAAAGAGAUGACAGAGCAAGAAAUAUGUUCAAUAGGGAUUGCCAGUUGAUGGGUCUUACAUGGCUGCUUGCCAGCAACAAGACGGCGUAUAUACCGACGGUUUCAGCCGUUUUGCGAGCCAUAAUGUAUAGUGCCCACCCACCCCACGAAUCCAAGUGCAGCCCCGACCAAGAAAACAUGCCAUUGGCUGUUGAUUCGCUGCAGUUCGAAAAGGCACAGUCUUGUUCAUCGUCACUUUCUUGGUGGUCUCUUUUGCCUGUAAUGAUGUUGGUUUCCCUGAUCUUCCCCUAUAACUUUUAAGUUCUUUUUUUUUUUUUCUGUGUACUAAAAGGAUCAUACAGGGCAGAAGAUCACGUGAAGCUAGCAGACAAAACAGGGCUAAUUGAUAUUGGGGGUUGUUUUUGUCUUUUUGCCCACUGUAAAUUUCAGCUAGUUUUCAGGAUUUCAGACUAGUUUUGUUCA